AUGUUGCUGGUGACGGUUGGGAUGGUCUCAACUGUGACAUUGUUGAAGGUGGCUGUAAUUCCAUACGUUGUGAAUCUCACUCUUUCCACUGUUCCUUACCUCUGGAUCUCAUUCAGAAGCUGUUUAUCUCCUCUGUAUAUCUAUAUAUUCCUCAACUUCAUCAUCAUCACUAUUGCUGCUUCUUCUUUCCAACACCCAAACCAGAAGAAUCUCUUUUCUUCUUCACCUUCUUCAUCUUCCAAGAUCAAGAAACAGCUAAUCCAGUCAGAGCAAAGCAAGGUUCAAAACGAUCAAAUCAAUUGGAACAGCUUCCAUAUUUCCCAAGAAGAAGAUCAAGAAAAACACUGUAUUUCAGUUUCUACAGAGGAAGCCAUUUCGAUAACUCCACCUGAUCCUGUUGGUAUUUCGACUUUCGCCGACGAUCCAUUACAGGAAACGGACAGCGGAGAAAACCCAAUGAUAGAUUCCGGCGAGAUUCCAACCGAGAAGCCUGAGGUGGAGGACGAAUUCGAUGACACGCUCGAAGCAACUUGGAAAGCCAUAACUGAAAAACAGAGCAAGCCAAAGUGUCGGCAGCUUAAGAAGAGCGACACGUGGGAUGUGUCUCCCCGGGUGGUAGGAAUCAAACCGGAGGUGGAAAAUCCGGCGGCGUGGGCUCGCGGGGAGCUGAAGAAGUCGGAGACUUUCACCGACAGGGUCACGAUAAUAAGGGAGAAGCCGAUGAGCCAAGAAGAGCUGUAUCAGAGAGCAGAGGAGUUCAUCAAGAAAUUAAAACAGGAUAUGAGGUUGCAGAGGCAAGAAUCCGAUCAGCGUUUCAGGGAAAUGGUCAAUCGAGGUCUUUGA